GAAAACUGCGUCCCAGUUGUCUAAUUUUUGAAGUUGACAAAUUUGCCACUAUGCUGUCUAGAGAGUCUAUAGUCCCUCUACCAGUCAAGCACCCACCUGCCCUUUCCCCAUUUCACCGCCCAUCUUCUUCCUCAUUAGUUUCCAGUCACGCGAAUAAAAAAAUAUAACAAAAGAAACAAAAAAUGGCUCUCAAUCUCACCACCGCCAUUCCUAUAUCUCUCCUCCUCCUCUUCCUCUUCGUUCAAUCGCCUCUCGCUGUCACUGGCGACGCACCGUCAGCUUACGAUGUCCUCCAAGGCUACAACUUCCCCGUCGGUCUUCUUCCCAAAGGAGUAAUAAAGUACGAUUUAGACGAAUCCACGGGCCGAUUCCAUGCCUACUUAGAUGAUACGUGUAGUUUCUCGUUAGAAGGGUCUUAUCAACUCAAAUACAAAUCCACGAUCAGCGGAAUUAUAUCCAAUAACAGGCUCAAAGACCUUAGUGGAAUAAGCGUUAAAGUCUUUUUUGUAUGGCUCAACAUUGUGGAGGUUAUUAGAGAUGAUGACGAGCUGGAGUUUUCAGUAGGGAUUGCCUCUGCAAGCUUUCCGAUUGAUAACUUUUAUGAGUGUCCGCAGUGUGGUUGUGGGUUGGAUUGCGGUAAUGGGAGAGUAAGCAAGCUUAGAAUUAAGUCUUCUUUUUCUUCAUUUUAGAGAAAAUUUCAGGGGACAAAAUAUAUUGAAGUUAUUCGAAUGUUUAAGUUUUCAUCUUGGCUUGAAAAUUGAAGUGGGUUCUUGGUUAUUUAUUGAAAUUCGCAGAGUUUUUAA